AUGGACAAAGUUCACUGCCAUACCGAAACGGCUCUUUCGAUGCCUAUUUCCACCACCCACCAAUGCCUCCUUGCUUUUGCACGUAUCGAGGGGUACAAUGAUGAUAAACUCUUCCUCCAGACGAUGAUCCGGCCGAGCGAAACGGUGGCACUUUUGGAAGAUGAAAAGCGCAAUAAGUCUAACUUUCUAGCGCUACGCCAUAACUUCUUGUAUUGGGUUCAAACGAUAGGUGCCCUGAAGCCAUUGUCCUCCCUCGAUGAGAAGCUCAAAAGGCUUGAUCGUGUAUCCAAAGAGGUGUUGGAUUGGUUAAAUGUGAUUUUAGAAAAUCUGAAUCGCGUAACAGAUAAACCCCAUUCCGAUACAACGCCUUCCAAAUACACAUGGUUCGACAAUAUUUUCAUGUGGAGGGAUAUGGUGUGGACCAUAGGGUCUGCUCUAGAUCAUCUACGCCAGUGUGCUAUCGAAAUUGCACAUUUCUCAGCUCAACAGCCCGUUGUGACGGGCAAGGACGGAUCAUUCCGCAGAGACAUCAUCACACUUAUUCGAGAUCGAUUUCCGGCUGCUCGUCAAGCCUUAUGCAGGGAGCUGGGUGAAUCAAUCGCGAAAAGACGCAAACCUCUAUUGCAAGGCGCAUACCCUAAGCCUCCACUGCUCGAUACCUUUAGGAGCGCGUUUACUCUUAGUACUGCGCGUGAUUAUGUCGAGUAUCCUCCCUUGCCCGAGGUAACUGAAUUUGAAACCCUGAUAGGCCCUGGCUUGGACACAGUCCCUCAAAAGCUACCAGGAGUUCAGUGCCCCUUUUGUUUCUGCGAGUUGGUGCUAAAAAAGCCUGGCGAUAAUAUACUUGCACUAUGGAAACAUCAUGUCGACGAGCACAUCGAACCGUACACAUGUUUCCUCCAUGAUUGUGAGCACUCUAACAAGCCCUUUAUGCACCGUGAAGAGUGGGCAGCACAUAUGUCAAUCAAUCAUGAUUGGUUAUAUACACCCGAUGCCUGGACGUGGCAGUGCGAUACUGACCAUGAAACCCCCAUGAACUUCGAGUUCAAAUCACAGUGGACGAGUUAUGUGCAGGAUUGCCACCCGGAACUUUGGAAACUUACGCUUUUCGGCCACUUUGACGAAAGACGUGAAUGUCGGAGGUAUAUUAUUCGUGAUUGCGUGGUAUGCCCCCUGUGCGAACAAAUUCCCGAAGACACGGAACGGAUGCUGGAGACAGUCAAAAACGGCGAUUACGAAAAAGUACGCAUGUUCAUGUGGAACCAUGUUGCCGAUCAUCUGAAGUCUCUAUCCAUGAUGGUCAUUCCUUCUAUUGGAGACCCCGCUUGCGAAGCGGCCAAACAAAAUCAAAAGCUAGCCAUUGAAGCCAAGGCCUCAGGCUGGACGCUUGGGAGGGAGGAGCCCAGAUUACUGCCCCGCGCUGUCCCUUCGGCCCUAAGCAACGUUGUGGAGGUCACUGAGAUACUUACCGCCGAUGGGCCAGAUAUCGCGUUGAUUGAACCAGGAAGGACGCUAACCUUGUGUUCCGCAGCCGAGCAAGGCCUUGAGACUGCUGUCAAGCUCCUUGUAGACAGCGGUGCUCGAUUAGAAGCUACAAAUCGUAGACCGUUUGGUCGCGUUGGUAAAACGCCGUUGGCUUUGGCUGCCGAAAUAGGACAUGCUGGCGUGGUAAAGAUAUUAUGCAUGAACGGUGCGGACGUUGGUGCUAUAUGGGGCGAGGAUAAGCAUACUCCGUUAUCCCUGGCAGCAAUUAAUGGACACGAAGAUACCAUGCGGGUUCUUAUCGAUGCCGGUUCAGAUAUGGAGGCCCGAACCGUGCAUUCCAACAGGACUCCACUCCACUGGGCAGUUUUCAAGCACCGGGUAGAGAGCACAAGGUUACUCCUACAGCGUGGCGCCCAGGUAAAUGCUAAGGAUGAAUUCGGAACCGCAUUGUGCUAUUCUGCAGGGGAGGGGCACUUGGAUAUUGUCAAGUUACUUCUCGACCAUGGCGCAGACAUAGAACUUACUUCCAUCCAUGAGGAAACUCCUUUGUCGUUGGCAGCUCAGCGUGGUCGUGUAGAUGUGGUGCGGUUACUGCUAGCCCAUGGGGCCAAUAUUGAUGCAAAGAACUGGAGAGGCAAGACAGCACUAGAUUUGGUCCAAGUAGAGUACAACGACGAGGGCCCCACGUUUGACGAGGUCGUCGAGGUGCUCAAGUCUCAUUAG